CCGAAGUGCGCAUGCGCAUCGGCAGGUUGGGCUCCUGCACUGUCGGGUCCGGAAGUCUGAACUUUAUUUCUGAUCAUUUUAUUGUUGUUGUUUUAUAGUUACUGUUAUUAUUGUUUUUUUACCGGGGAACUGACUCAGCGCGUUAAACCUACAGCACGAGACCAAAGGAGCGCGAGACUUGCGGUGGUUCUUCCUACCCGGAAGUGAAGAAGCAGAGUGAUGAAGAGGGGGCGGGUGUUGGCAGUCCUGGUGGGUGGAGUCUUCUGCCUGGCCGUGAUGUCAUUGUACCGGAAGCUGGAGCAGAUGCAGGGGGAGGAGCCUCAGCGAGACUGGGAGACACCUGCUGGACAGGAUUUGUCCCUGCUCCAGCAGAAGAUUGACAGGUUGGAGUAUCUCCUUAGCAACAACAACCGCCUGGUUGCUAGGUUACGUGACUCUCUGCUGCACCACAAAGCAUCACGGAAACAGGAAGGAGGCGGAGCCAACAGCAGCUCAGAACACGCCCACAUCCCUGCUGAGCCGCUGUCCGGCUGCCAGUUGGCCGAAGAGAAGGAGGGCGGAGCUGGCGGAGUGCAGCUGUUGGACGUGUACGACCUCCUGACCUUUGACAAUAAAGACGGAGGCGUCUGGAAGCAGGGAUUUGACAUCAGUUACCGUGGAGACGAGUGGGACGAACAGCCCCUGGAACUGGUUCUGGUCCCUCAUUCACACAAUGACCCGGGUUGGCUGAAGACAUUUGACAGAUACUACGAGGACCAGACGAGACACAUCCUCGACAACAUGCUGCUGCACCUGGGACAGGACUCCAGGAGGAAGAUGAUCUGGGCUGAGAUCAGUUAUUUCUCUAAAUGGUGGAACGACAUCGAUGAACAGAAGAGAGCGGCGGCCAAACGCCUGGUGGAGGCGGGGCAACUGGAGCUGGUGACGGGUGGUUGGGUGAUGGCCGACGAGGCCAACGCCCACUACUACGCAUUGUUGGAUCAGCUGAUGGAGGGACACCAGUGGCUGCAGACUCACCUGGGUGUGGAGCCCAGCAGCGGUUGGGCUGUGGAUCCGUUUGGCCACUCCCCAUCCAUGACGUACUUGCUAAAGGGGGCGGGGCUUAGCAACAUGGUCAUCCAGAGAGUUCACUACGCCGUCAAGAAGCACUUUGCGCAGCAACAGACGCUCGAGUUUCUAUGGCGACAGAGCUGGGACUCCUCCACCCGCAGUGACAUCCUAUGUCACAUGAUGCCGUUCUACAGCUACGAUGUACCGCACACGUGUGGUCCGAACCCGGCCGUCUGCUGUCAGUUCGACUUCCACCGCCUCCCAGGGGGGCGGGUCUUCUGUCCCUGGAGGAUCCCGCCACAGCCAAUCACAGAGCAGAAUGUCAAGGAGAGAGCUCUCCUCCUGUUGGACCAGUACCGUCAGAAGUCCCGUCUCUUCCGUUCUUCGGUUCUUCUCGUUUCUCUCGGAGACGACUUUCGCUUCGUGGAGUCGAGUGAAUGGGACGCUCAGUUCAACAACUACCAGAAACUAUUCGACUACUUCGAUCAGCACCCGGAGCUGCACAUCAAGGCUCGUUUCGGGACUUUGGCUGAUUACUUCCAGGCUCUUCAUCGACGUCUCAGCGCGUCGGGAACCUCUUUGCCGACGGUUCAAGGCGACUUCUUCACGUACGCCGACCGAGACGAUCACUACUGGAGCGGAUACUUCACGUCCCGGCCGUUUUACAAACGCCUCGACCGAACGCUGGAGGCCACGCUCAGAGCGACAGAAAUCCUCUUCAGCUUGGCGUUGGCCGAAAUGCGGCGUUUCCAUGGUGAUGGGCGUCUGGUUGCAGAUUUUCCGGCGCGUGAACAUUUCCAACGUCUGGUGGCGGGGAGGCGGAGCCUGGCGCUGUUCCAGCACCACGACGCCGUCACCGGCACCGCCCGCGACCCUGUGGUGGUCGACUACGGCACCAGGUUAUUUCACUCAAUCCUCAACCUUCGCAAGGUGCUGCAGAGCUCCGCCCACUGGCUGCUCCUGUUGGACAAGAGCCAGUACCACCAUGACCAAUCAAAACCCUUCCUACAAAUGGACGACGUGAUCUCUGCGCAGGAUGCUUUGCCUCAGAAGACGCCGCUCACGCUCAGUGAUGAGCCCAGGUCGCUGGUCGUCUUUAACCCGACCGAGCAGCUCCGUACAUCCGUCAUCAGCGUCGUCGUCGAUUCUCCGGACGCUCGUGUUGUCGACGCAGAAACAGGUCGACCAAUGGCUGCUCAGAUCUCUGCAGUGUGGGCGGAGCCAAGCCGGGCGUCUUCCGAGUCGUUCCAGCUCUCAUUCGUAGCUGAACUUCCUCCUCUGUCACUCGUCGUGUAUCAUGUGACCAAAGCGCCAGUAGGCUCCACCCCUCGGGCACGCUACACCGUGUACCGUCACGGCAAUGCACUGACCGUCCACUCUGAGCACUUCCUGGUGUCCCACCCCCAAGGACAGGAGGCCGACGCCCCUCUGUCACUUAGCAACAAGCACGUCCAGAUCUGGAGCUCCGAGAAAACCGGGCUGCUGCAGAAGCUCCGCCUACACACCGGUCUGGUCCGUCAGGUCCAGGUCCAGUUCCUCUGGUAUGGAACCAGAACUGCAGCAAACCAGGACAAGAGCGGAGCCUACCUGUUCCUACCGGGGGAGGAGGGGGGGCAGCUCUACUCGUCCUCAGAACCACCACUGAUCCGGGUCUCCAGGGGUCCGGUUUACUCUGACAUCACUUCCUGUUUCCGCCACUUCACGCACACGCUGCGACUCUUCCACCUGGACGGGCAUGCUGGGAAAUCUGUGCAGAUCUCCAACAUGGUGGACAUCAGGUCAGAGGUCAACCGGGAGCUCGUCAUGCGGCUCGUUAGCGACGUCGCCAACGGCAACCGUUUCUACUCCGACCUCAACGGGUUCCAGAUGCAGCAGCGUCGGACUCUGGAGAAACUUCCCCUGCAGGCGAACUUUUACCCGAUGAGCUCGGCGGCGUUUCUCCAGGACUCGUCGAGUCGUCUGUCGGUGCUGGCGGCUCAGAGUCAGGCGGUGGCGUCCCUCAGACCAGGUGAGCUGGAGCUGGUGUUGGACCGACGGCUGCAGCAGGACGACAACCGCGGCCUCGGUCAGGGCGUCACCGACAACAAGCUGACGGCGAGUCUCUACCACCUGCUGCUGGAGGAACGCAGGGGCGGGGCCCAGGAAGUGGGAGGAGCCUCGGUUCAACACCUGUCGCUGCUCGCCCACCUGACCUCUCUCUCCCUCUGCCACCCGCCAAUCAACAUGGUCGCCCCCGGUGACGGGCAGAUGCCGAAGCUCCGAGACUUCGUACCGCUCCGCUCGUCACUCCCAUGCGACGUUCACCUGCUGAACCUGAGAACACUGGAGGACGCACAGGAACCAGGAAGCCCAUCACAGGAAGUUGGCCUCCUCCUCCACAGGAAGGGCUUUGACUGUAGCUCCGCCCCCGACCCUCGGCCGACGUGCACGUGGAACGUGCAUGAGGAGGUGAAUCUGGACGACGUUUUCUCUCCUCUUCGGUUUCGUUCCGUCCGACGUUCUGGUCUCACGCUGCUGCGACGCCACGACCAGCCCCAGUCGUCACGGCAACAGCAGCUUCGGCCGAUGGAGAUCAGUGCUUUCCGCGUUCAGAUAGACUGAACCGCAGCCAAUGAGCUGAGAGUCUGGAACACUGAGGAACCAAUCAGAGAGAAGGUCAAAGAUCUAAUUAUUUAUUUUAAACACUGAAGAUGAAUCACAAAGGGACCAAUCGAAUGUUUGUCAGUGAGUGCGUGUUUCCAUGACGAUGGUCUGUGCGGCCAUCUUGUUACUGCUGUUUAAUGAGUGAGUGUGGAAUUAUGGGUAAAAGGACUUGAUUUGAUUAUUGAUCCGUUUUUUGUUGAAACUGUUUAUAAAUGCACAUGUUAUUGAUCAAUGACUGAUUCAUUCAUUCAUUGGUUGAUUUUGCUGUGAAAAGGGAAAUUAUGGAGACGGUAUUUUUUAUAAUUGAGAGAUUCUCUUUAUUUUCUAUUUUAAUGAAGAAAAUAUUUAAAACAUAAAAUAAAAUAGUUUGUGUCUGUGACUUUGUUUAGUUUGUGUCAAUUAAACCAUGAAUUUAUCUGUGAAAA